UCAAAGCAAACUCAUUACCGGACUACAAAAACCCCCCACAAAGCUCCGCGCCUCCGCCUCACCUGUCUGCACUUCCAACCUUCAACGUUUUUAGUGAAGAAAGAACCCUAGAUUAGAACAAACCAUUUAUUCCGGUUAAGCUGAAUUUUCCGAAAAUUCUCUUUUCAUCUUUUCCCUCAACCUCUUUAAUUCGUCAUUCAAGAUGAGUACCAUGAAGUUUUGCCGUGAAUGAUUUUGAUUUUAGGGUUAUUUGAUUGCCGAUUACUGUGCAUAAUUGAACAGCAACAAUAUUCUGUACCCAAAAGAGGACAAAGAUCAAAAGAUUCUCCAAUACGCUUGCCGAAAUUGCGACCAUCAGAAAACAAUUGCGUAUACAGAAAUGAGAUACAUCACGCUGUUGGAGAGCGUACUCAGGUGCUACAAGAUGUUGCUGCAGAUCCAACUCUACCUCGAACCAAGUCUGUCCGCUGCACUCAAUGCAAUCAUGGAGAGGCUGUCUUUUUCCAGGCAACAUCUCGAGGAGAGGAAGGUAUGACAUUGUUCUUUGUCUGCUGCAAUCCGAGCUGUGGUCAUCGCUGGAGAGAUUGAUCUGCUGAUAUUAUGUAUAUUUGAAAACCAACAGCAGGACUAAUUUUAGAUAAUGCUUUGCGAACUGGAGAUACCCUCGGUUUAUUAUGCAUACCAUGAUACCAAUAUCAUGUUAUUCUGCAUGAAUUAUAACCUUACCGGUCUUUGUAACCCUGUUUCGGCAGUUUACUUUCACUUCUGCUGGUUCAAAGCUAACAUCAUUGUUCUUUGAUGCGUUCAGUUACAAAAAAGAAAUUCCAGCUUAUUCA